GCUGUGCCCCGCGGCGGGCGGGGCCGCGGGCGGGCCGCGGGCCCGUGGCCGCCCCUCGGCGGCGGCGCAGGCGUGCAGCGGAGCCGCGGUCUCGCGAGGCGGUGUGGGCCCGCGGAGGAGCGCGCCGGGCCGGGCCGGGCCGGGCCGGGCGAGAAAUUUGAUCUUAAAAGGGGCGGUGUGCAGAGGCCAUGGGUUUGUCCGCAUCUGCCCCGCCUGCUGCGGAGCAGUCACCGAAGGCAUCCAGGCAAUACCAGACGGCAUCUUCCGAAUGCCCCAUGCAUCAGGAAGAGAUGAGCGGUUGUCCAAUGCACGUGAAGACUGCUGAUCACAGAACGGAGAAUACAGAUAAUGUUCCUGCACAUCAAGAAAGAGCUUAUGAGUUUGUAGCAUGUCCUGUGAAGUCUGGUGCAUCUCAAAUGAAAGAUGACAUAGAUCCCAGCAAUAUGAUGCCUCCUCCCAACCAGCAGCCAUCCCCAGGUCAACCGUUUCCAUUGUCAACUGUUAGAGAAGAGUCUUCCAUUCCUAGAGCACAUUCUGACAAGAAAUGGGUCUACCCUUCAGAGCAAAUGUUUUGGAAUGCUAUGCUAAGAAAAGGGUGGAGGUGGAAAGAUGAUGACAUAACAAGUGAAGACAUGACCAACAUUAUUAAGAUUCAUAAUCAAAAUAAUGAGCAAGCUUGGAAGGAGAUUUUGAAGUGGGAAGCUCUGCAUGCUAUGGAGUGUCCAUGUGGGCCGUCACUGAUGCGGUUUGGAGGCAAAGCCAAGGAGUACUCACCAAGAGCCAGAAUGCGUUCAUGGAUGGGGUACGAGCUGCCCUUCGACCGGCACGACUGGAUCGUUGACCGCUGCGGGAAGGAGGUGCGCUACGUCAUCGACUACUACGACGGCGGCGCCGUGGACAAGAACUACCAGUUCACCAUCCUGGACGUGCGCCCUGCGCUCGACUCGCUCUCGGCCGUCUGGGACAGGGUCAAGGUGGCCUGGUGGCGCUGGACGUCCUAGCUGCUCCUGGGGUGUGUACUCCAAAGUGUCCGCUUUCCUCCUAGACAGGGGACUGGGAAUAUCAGGGCUCGAGAGGGACGCUGGCUGCAGCUGGCAGUGCUUUCACCAUCACCGCUGCUCUUAGCGGGUGGGAAGGGAGGACAGGGAAACCUCUUGCUGAGUACACCGAUGCUUUGUGGUGUUUCAAAUGGAAUAAUAAAGUUACAGUGGCAAAAACAUGUAUCUUAAUUUUCUUAAGAACUGGGAAGCCUUUCUUUGUUUCAGUUUCUGCAUAAGGUCGCCUUCUUUUCAUUUCAUGACUUAAGUGCUGCUCCAAAUACAUUAUAAUUCUGAUUCUGACUGGAGUUUUGAGUAUUACUUGAUAAGUGAAAACUGGAAAUUUCAUAAAUUUUUUUGCAUAUUUAAAGUGUUGGGAUACCACCAUGAUGAAUAAAGGGUAAAAGAUCUGGACUCUUUCAAAUUAUGUGUUUUAUUUACACUAUGAAGCCAUGUAUUUGUUUUCACAUGGACAUUUUACCUAUUCAAAUACAUACUUCCUCAGAAAACCUAGUUAAUCAGUUAAGGGAGGUGUAGUGUGGUAUGAGUAUUUUAAAGGUGUGUUAUGCAGAAAAGGAGAAUAUACUCAUGCCUUAAUUUGCAAUUUUUCUUUGAACAGAAGAACAUCUGUUAAAAGCAGGAAAUGAGUGUCACUUUUAAAACAGCAUUUCUAAAAGGAUAUAAAAUUGAUAUUUAAUGGCUAUUCAUUUGAAUAUUCAAAACGUGGUUUUCUGAUGUAAGAAAAUGCAUUAUUUUCAUGUCUAUAAUGUGUGUCAUGUUAAUGAAUUCAGGAUGGAGCUAAGCCUCAUCUAAAGAAUCUCCUGCAGUGCAUCUGUAUUUAGCAUCCUGGCUGCAUUAAUGAUAUUUAUUACAGCAUGGUUUUUUAUAUAAUAAGGAGCUGUACAAGGGGGUGUGACUACACAGUCACACACAUGAGUAUAGCGAGGUGCAUUGCGGGUGUAUACAGGGCUAAAAGGGUAUCAAAGGUGCCAUGGAAUGUUUUCUAGGAGUGAUGCAUGGCGUAAAGAUCUGAUAUUUGUGCUUAGUAAGGGAAACUAACUAAUAGCUUUAAGUUUGCACGACUCAGUGAGUUUCAGGCUCUGUGCAAAACACUUGGGAAUGGAAAGGAGUAUGAGAAUAGCACAUUGCAGCUUCUCAAAUGGGGGAAGCUGCCUUCUUGAAACUCCCCAGCCUUAAUGGGAAACUAGCUGUACAUUUCAUUUUCUGAAAGUGGCCUAUGUUUAACUCACAUUGGAACUUCCCCCCCUGCCCCCAAAAUGGGAAGCCCCUCUUAAUGUUUCAGGAAAGUCACUUCCCAUUUAGGGAAAAAUUAGGGACGCUUUCCUACUUUAGAAUUCUAAUGAUCAUAAAUAGUUCCCAGUUCAGAGACAACUGUUGUGCAUGGUAGCAAUAAAUAUUAUCCAGAAUCCUAAGAGGAAAACCAUGCUCUUAGCCAUAUCCACUUUUCUUACUUCUUUUUCACCUUUUCAGUGAGAUAUAUAUAUAUGUAUGUAUGUAUAUUAUAAACAGGGAAGAAAAAAAUUCUGUCUAAAUAGGCAAUGUAUGGGUGAGAUAAAUAAAAAGUGAGUUUGUAUGAAGCAUGUCUGACUCAUGAAGGAACUGCCCAGUUCUAACAGUAAAGAUUGAGGAGUACUCUUUUUGGGGUGGCGAGUUGGUUUUGUUUGAGAUUUUUUUUGUAGUUGUUGGUUUAUGCAUUUGGCAACUUGCUACACUGUAUUUUUCAUAACAAAAUAUUGAAAGGCUACACCACUGUAGGGAGUACUUCAGAAGCUUCAAAAGCACGAGUUGGCUUUGUUGAUUUUGGCAGUGUGAUGUUGAGAGCAUGGGAAUUGUAAUUGCUGCUAAAUCUAGGGAAACUCACAAGCCACUUCAUGUGUUUACUAUCUCCUGUUAUGUUCCAUUUUCCACAGAUUCAAAAUUGUUCUUUUCUGUGCUCCUGUUAAUGAAAUGCACUACUUUGUCAUCAAACUGAAAGGAGAAUCAAAUAAAUAUACUUUUCUUAACUUCA